GGAAGCAGGCCGGCAGGCAGACGGACUCGCGGGCGGGUGGUGGUGGCCGUGCUUGCUGGUGAAGGCGGGAGGGAGUGACUCACUGAGCGUGUGUGAAGGAAGGAAGGAGCGAGCGGGCGAGCGAGCGAGCGAAUAGCCCGCGUCGUCCUCCCGCAGCACCAGUCAGGCCACCCCUCCGCUGCCGCCUCCCCUCCGCCCCGCGCCCAGGCCGGGCCGAGCCGAGCCGGGUCGGGCCCGGGCCAUGCUGCUCACCGUGUACUGUGUGCGGAGGGACCUCUCCGAGGUGACCUUUUCCCUCCAAGUCGACGCUGACUUCGAGCUACACAACUUCCGCGCGCUGUGCGAGCUCGAGUCCGGCAUCCCUGCAGCUGAGAGCCAGAUUGUCUAUGCUGAAAGACCUCUCACAGACAACCACAGAUCCCUGGCUUCUUAUGGUUUGAAAGAUGGAGAUGUUGUGAUUUUACGACAGAAGGAGAAUGCAGACCCUCGACCUCCAGUGCAGUUCUCAAACUUACCCCGAAUAGAUUUCAGUAGUAUAGCUGUGCCUGGCACAUCAAGCCCACGGCAGCGCCAGCCACCAGCAGCACAGCAGUCCCACUCAUCUCCUGGAGAAAUAGCUUCAUCUCCUCAGGGCUUGGACAAUCCAGCCUUGCUCCGAGAUAUGUUGCUGUCCAACCCACAUGAGCUGUCCUUGCUAAAGGAACGCAAUCCACCGUUGGCCGAAGCACUGCUCAGUGGAGACCUUGUCUUUAUGGAAAUAAUGUUUUCAAUGUCCUUGAUCUUGGUUUCUUACAGGCAGCAGAACAUUGAGGAAAACAUGACUAUAGCUAUGGAAGAGGCUCCGGAAAGUUUUGGCCAAGUGGUCAUGCUUUACAUUAACUGCAAAGUGAAUGGACAUCCUGUUAAAGCCUUUGUGGACUCAGGUGCCCAGAUGACUAUUAUGAGCCAAGCUUGUGCAGAAAGGUGUAAUAUCAUGAGACUGGUGGACCGUCGAUGGGCAGGGAUCGCCAAAGGAGUCGGCACCCAGAAGAUUAUCGGAAGGGUACAUCUAGCUCAGGUUCAGAUUGAAGGAGAUUUCUUAGCAUGUUCCUUCUCUAUACUUGAGGAACAGCCAAUGGACAUGCUUUUGGGAUUGGACAUGCUUAAACGGCAUCAGUGUUCCAUUGACCUCAAGAAAAAUGUACUUGUGAUCGGCACCACUGGCUCACAAACCACUUUUCUUCCUGAGGGAGAGCUACCAGAGUGUGCCCGGUUGGCAUAUGGGGCUGGGGCUGGGCGAGAGGAUGUGCGGCCAGAGGAAAUUGCAGACCAGGAAUUAGCAGAAGCCCUUCAAAAAUCAGCAGAGGAUGCAGAGAAAAGUGGUAAAGAAUCUACCUCACUGGGAAUGUCAUCAUUACCAACUUCAGAUGGAUUUAACCAUCCAGCCCAUCCUUCAGGACAGAGUACUGAAAUUGGUAAUCCGACGAGUCCUUCUCGCUCUGUCUCUGCUUCAGUCUGCCCUGUCAAGCCCAGUGACCCAGAUAGCAUCGACCCUAAAACUGUGAAGGCUUUGGAGGCUUCAGCUGAAUUCCAGACAAAUUCCAAAAAGAAAGAACAUCUUCCUCUGCAGAAUCAUUCUGAUCAUGCUUCUUCAGUAGACCAUGCUCCAGCAGACCAGAGUUCAGCUAUGCCUUUGCAGAAUUCUCCUGAAGAAGCAGUUGUUGCAGAUAUUCUGGAGACAUCUGCUAAUAAAAACACCCAGGGCCUCAAAUUUCAUCUCCAUAUAAGACAGGAAGCUAAUUUAUCCGUCACAUCUACUGGGAUGCAUGGACCGCAAAUGUUUCUAGGCAAAAAAGAUUGGCCUCCAGAAAAUCAGAACCUGACUCAAGCGAAUGGCCUUCAGCAGCAUGAAGAACCAGGGAAUAAACCAUAUGAGGUUGUGCAACAGAAUGCUCCAUGUGACCAAGGACAUCUCUGUGACAUAGGGGACCUUGAACUUCCUGGGGAAAGGGAACAGAACCAACAAAAAACUGUUGAUUUAGAAGCUACUGUGAAAGGAGAUGGGCUGCAGCAGAAUGUGGAUCUUCCAAGUACAAAGAAAAGUAGUCUACCUUCAGGAUGUUUUGGCUGCUCAAAUUCAGAAACACUUAUGGAAAUAGAUAUUGUUGAACAGUCCCUACCUGCUGUGCUUAAUUCAGCAGGCAGUCAGGAUACUGACGGCAAGAACAUCAGUGCGUCCGAUCUUACUUUAGAUAAUCCCUUGAUGGAAGUAGAAACAUUAAAAUGUAACCCCUCAUCUGAAAUUUUGAAUAAUUCCAUUUCCAUUCAAGAUUUACAGUCCCCACAAAGUAAAACUGAAAUGACUGGAACAAAUAAAGAAUAUGACAAUUAUUCCCCCUCUUCAGGUAUCAGUGGCAAUUGUCAGCCCUUUAUGGAGUCAGCAGAAGAAUCUUGUUCGUCUGUAACAGCAGCCUUGAAAGAACUUCAUGAACUUCUGGUUAUUAGUAAUAAACCAGUUUCACAAAAUACAUCUGAAGAAGUUAUCUGUUCAUCAGAAACAGUAGGAGAUGACCAAACUGGUAUUAAGGACCUUUCUGAAAUACGCACCCAAAAUGCGCAUCUUACACAGAAUGAACAGUGUCCACAAGUCUCCUUCCAUCAGGCCAUAUCUAUAUCAGUGAGGACGGAAAGAUUAACUGGCACUUCCGCUGGCACUGGACAGGAAGAUAGAGAAAAUAUAAACUUAAGGCAUCCAGGUGAUGACCUGCCAGCUGAUAAGGAAGAUGUUCCCAGAUCUAGGGAAUCAGUAAACGAGAGCAGUUCUGUCACUGUAACCUCAGCUGAAAUGUCUAAUGAAUUACACUGUACCUUAGGUGUAGAAACGUCACCCAGACUUUUAGCAGGUGAGGAGGAUGUGCUCAAUCAGACUUCUGAGCAAACUAAAUCUUUGUCAUCCAGUUUCAUAUUGGUAAAAGACCUGGGUCACGGCGUACAGAAUCCAGUAACAGACAGCCCUGAAACCAGAGGAAGUGUCUGUCCUGAAGCUGUGAGGCCAUUUCUUGAAUAUGAACCACCACCUACCAGCCAGCUGUCAAGUCCCUCCAUUCUUCCACCAUUCAUUUUUCCUGCUGCAGAUAUUGACCGGAUUCUCCGUGCAGGCUUUACUUUGCAGGAAGCUCUUGGGGCUUUGCAUCGAGUUGGUGGAAAUGCAGACCUUGCACUUCUUGUUUUGCUAGCAAAGAACAUUGUAGUUCCUACAUAACUAUGGGAAAGUGGGCUAGACCAUACUCCAUUCCCUUAAAAAAAAAAAAAAAAAAGUUCUCUCUCUCUAUACACAGACACAUACACACUCACCAUGUAUACAGUAUAUGUAGAAACCUGCAAGCAGAAUGUUGAGCCAGAUUUUUUUUUUUAAAGAUUUUUUUCGGCCAAAGUAAUUUAUGAUCUCUUGUCUGAUGAAUUUGUCUAUUCUAUUUGUUAAAAUUUGGGCCUUUUUAAAUGUGUUGGCAGUAUGUGCAUAUGAAGCUUUUUAUUCUCAUUAAGAUGAUGUAUUCUGGAAUAAAAUGGAUGGUUUUGUGU